AUGGCGAUGAUGACAGAAGAACAUAAGAGACUUUUAAAAGUUAAUCAUUUCAAUAUUCUGGAACGGAUCGUUGAUGUUGACGCUGUCCUGGACCACCUCUUCCAAAUGGAAAUCAUUUCCAAAGAUACCUUGGAAAAGAUUAACUUGAAACAGACAAUCAAAGACAAAGCUCGAGCACUUAUGUUACAAUUGGCGAGAUUGAGUGAGGAAGCAUACCAUGCAUUCUUAUUGGCUCUCCUGCGGACCAAUCAGAUCGAGCUUGCUAGACUAUUUGACCCAAAUUACGAAGGCCCCGAUACUGUUGAUAAAGAUGCCAGUGAAAUUUCAUUGAUAGAAACUUUCAAAUUUGAAGAUCUCCAAACAGAAAUGAUGUCAGACGCUGAAGUUUACAUGCAUAUUAAGGAUAAGCGGAAUUACAAGCUGCCCUUCUUGGAAAGAAACUCAGAUAUGAUAUAUGGCAGGGUUCUCAUCAUAAACAAUAUCGAAUUUGAUAUAUUAGACAGAAGGACUGGUUUGUUUGUUGAAUGA